AAACUGGCAGAAGAAGUCCCAGAAAAGUUCAAGGGUAAAAAACUACCCUUUUACCAAGAUGUUGACGGAUUUCGCUUACCUGGUAUAUUCUCCGCCGAAUCGCACCGAUCUGCCCUGGCUUACAGACCCAGGCCUGAUGACCUUUUUGUUGUCUCGUAUCCGAAAUGCGGAACCACCUGGCUCCAGAAUAUAAUAGCCUGUAUCCACAGAGAUGGGCAACCUUUUCAGUCCGCACAGGAGUUCUUCACUCUAACACCUUGCCCGCAAAUAGUCGGAGUCGAAGCUGUAGAGAAGAUGAAGAGGCCUGGUGCAAUCAAGUAUCAUUUGCCCUACCAUAUGAUGCCGAUGUCUUCCGAAGCUAAGUAUAUAUUCAUAGCAAGAAAUCCUAAAGAUUGCUGCGUCUCUUUUUACCACUUUACAGAAAAUGUCAUAGGAUAUGAAUUCCAAGAAGGCGAAUUUGAUGUAUUUUUCGAGCUGUUCGUUGAAGGGAAAACUGAUUUUGGAGACUACUUUGAUUACUUGCUGUCUUGGUAUGAGCACAGAAAUGACCCCAAUGUGCUAUUCAUUACUUAUGAAGAAUUGAAGAAGGAUACAAAAACCAAUGUAUUCAGAAUCGCCGAGUUCAUGGAUCCCCAAUACAAAGAAGCUCUGGAGAAAGAUGAAAAACUUCUUGAAGAUGUCAUCUACCACAGCAGUUUCUCAUUCAUGAAGGAGCAUUUCAACAGACACUUGGCUGAAAUAAGUAGCCUUCCCAAGGAUAUGAUCCUCAACAAUCCCGACUUACCGGCGGAUCUGAGAGAGCUUUUUGGUGGAGAAAAGAAAGUGUUUCACCCCGAUUCAGCAGCAGUGAGUUUUGUGAGAAAGGGCGUCGUGGGAGACUGGCGUAAUUAUUUUUCGAAAGAACAAAAUGAAAGAUUGGAGAAAAAAUUUAGAGAAAGAACAGCUGGAACAGAUAUAGCUGACUUAUGGAAGGAUAUUAUGUGAAUACGAUUAGCAACAUUUUGAAGUGAUAUAUAUAUUUUUUAGCUUUGUAGUUUUAGCGGAUUUUUACGAAGAAAGCAUUUUGUAAACAAAUAAAGUACAUUUGAAAAUCA